AGGUCGAGAGCAGAGACCCCGGGGGGCCCGCGGGCCCCAGGGCGGCCGAGUCUCCCUCCCACACCCCGACCCUUGUCUGAGGCCCCGCGCCCACCGCCCCAGCCCGGGCUCCCGAACACCUCAGCCCCGCAGCCCCAGGUCCUCAGACGCCACCGUGAGCGAGCCCGAGCUGAGGGAGCCGAGUUCCCCACAGCCCCGCCGAGCCCCAAGGCGUCGGGCACCCCAAGUACCCGCCGAGAGCUCCGGCCCGCGUGAGAAGCCCCAAAGCCCUCAGCCGGCGACGCCCCACAGCCCGCCCAGCGCCCCAGUCCCACGCAACCCUCCCUGAGAACCUCAAGUCCCCAGCCUGAGGCCCCGAACGUCUGCCCCCGAGGGCCCCGGUCAGCCCGGACACCCCAAGGAUCUCCCACCCCAGGAGCCCAAUGCCACCAGCCCCGGGAUUCCGAAGAAGCCCCGAUUCUGUCUGCACAGGAACCCCACGUCCCCCCAAGAUACCCUCUUUCUUUCGGUCCACGGGACCCCGACAUUCCCCAUGCUACGAAUCCCAGUUCCGUCACUCCAAGAUGACCCGUGUUCCUUAGCACAAGGGACCCCCAAUAUCCCCCACCAGAGAAAACCCAGUUCUGUCAGCCCGGGGACCCCGUGCCCCUCCCCACCGACAGAAAUCCUAGUUCUCUCAGUUCUAGGGCUCCUAAAGAUCCUCCACCCAUAAAGCCUCGACUCCCUGAACCCAUGGGGCCCCCGAUGCUCCCCAGGCAAGAACCCCACUUCUGUCAUUCUGAGAAGCCCCGCUUCCCUCAGCAGAAAGGGAAAUACAUCCUACCGAAGAAGCCCCAAUUCUGUCAGCUCAGGGAUCCCAAAUAUUGUCCUCCCUGUGACGCAGUUCCCUCGGCCUGAAGAACCCCAAAACGCCCUCCACCCAAAAAACACCAACCAAUGCCAACUGCCCAAGGACCCCAAACACCCCCAACCUGAGGAACCCCAAUUUCUUCAGCCCAAGGACACCAAAUGACCACAACCCAAGGAACCCCCAACCAACUCCCUCCUGAGAAACCCUAAUUAUCUCAGCCCUAUAGACCCCAAAAUCACCCUAUAAGAAAUCCCCCAAUUAUCUCAGUGCCAGUGACCACCACAACCUCCCCCCAAGAAACCCUAGGGUUUGCUUGUUUGUUUGUUUGAGGCAGGUCUCCUUUUGUAGUUCAGGCUAGCCCCAAACUCACUGUGUAGCCCAGGCUGGGCUCAAACCAGUGGCGAUCCUCCUGCCUCAGCCUCCCGAGUGCUGGGAUGACAGGGGUGCACCACCAUGCCCACCUCAGAAACCCUCGUUUCUUCAGCCUCAGCCUGAAUUUCCCCCAAUCACCUCGACCUGGAAACGCAUCUCACCCUGACCACGGAUGCCCGCCAAGGCCCACACACUGCCCCCAACCCGGAGUCCCCAGGUGGAAACCCCAGCUCCUGGAACCUCACAGGAUUGUGGAUGACCCCUCCUGCUCAGUUAGAUUUAGAGCUAGUUAGGUUAGGCUCAGGCCUAGGGCUAGGGGUUAGGGUUGGGGUUAGGUUAGGUUUGGGAUAGGGUAAGGACAAGGCUAGGCUUACGGUUUGUUUUGGAGUGCUCCACACCUUUGCAGCGCACUCAGAUGUACACACACCACCCCUGGGCAUGCACAGAGGAAGGAAGGGGCUCCUCUGCCUGGGUUCCUGUCCCAGACCCUCAGGCCAUCCUUCCCAGGUCCCCCCGUUCUGGGGCCAGCAGAGAGCCCGGCCCUCAGCUCCUGUCCUUCCACAGGUGCCUGCACCUCCCUGGCCGCUGUCCGGGCUCCAUGAGUGCCCAGAGCUCCUCGGAAGACAGCCCGGAGGAGGGCUCCUCGGAAGACAGCCCAGAGGAGGGCUCCUCGGAAGCCGGGCAGAAGCCCAAGGUCAAAGAUGCUUUCAAGGACAUUUCCAGAUACUUCUCCAAGGAAGAAUGGGCCAGGAUGGGAAAGUUUGAGAAAAAACGCUACAGGAAUGUGAAAAACAACUACAAUAUGAUGCUUUCUAUAGGUCUCAAACCCCAUCGGCCGGCUUUCAUGUGUCAACGAAGGCGAACCAGCAACCCCCUGGUGGAUGACACUGAGGAUUCUGAUGAAGAGUGGACGCCUCGGCAGCAAGUCAGAACUCCUCGGGUGGCCUUGCGAACGGAGCAGAGCAAACGCCGGACGGGAAGGCCCAGGGCGCUGCUCAGUGCUGACCCCCGUCUGAAGGAAUCGCCAGGAGCAGCAAGUUUGCAGGACACAGGUGGCCCACAAGAGACAGAGCCUCCCGUGUCCUCUCCCAGAGCAGGAAGGAACUCCGGACAGCGCUCGCGAGGAAAAUCGGAGCCCAGGAGGAAGGGCAUCGCACCCAAGGUGUACAGCCUGCGGGAGAGAAAGUGUCGCACGUACGAAGAGGUCAGCGAGCCCCAGGACGACGACUACCUGUACUGUGAGAAGUGCAAGAACUACUUCAUCGACAGCUGUGCCGUGCACGGGGCCCCUGCGUUUGUGAAGGACAGUGCGGUGGCCGAGGGGGCUGCAGACCGUGCCGUGCUCAGUCUGCCCCCCGGGCUGAGCAUAGGGCCGUCCAGCAUCCCUGGGGCUGGGCUCGGAGUCUGGAAUGAGGCCUCCCAUCUGCCGCUGGAUCUGCACUUCGGCCCCUACGAGGGGCAGCUGACAGAGGACGAGGAGGCAGGCCGCAGCGGGUACGCCUGGAUGGUCACCAAGGGGAGACACUGCUAUGAGUACGUGGAUGGCAAGGACAGGUCCCGGGCCAACUGGAUGAGGUACGUGAACUGUGCCCGGGAUGAGGAGGAGCAGAACCUCGUGGCCUUUCAGUACCACAGGCAGAUCUUCUACCGCACCUGCCAGCCCAUCGGGCCGGGCAGCGAGCUGUUCGUCUGGUACGGGGACGAGUACGGCGAGGAGCUGGGCAUCAAAUGGGGCAGCAAGUGGAAGCAGCAGCACACAGCUCGGACAGGAUCCCCGCCUGCGGGACCAGCUUGGGGAGCUGCAAGACCCCGACCCAUCCAGCAGCCUGAACGAAGGCGGAGGCCGAGAGGUCCAAGGAAGGUCCAGCCCUGCGCGUCAAAGGACAUGGCAGAGAGGGGUUUCGAGGGCCUCUCCCAGCCCACCCCAAGGACAUAUAGGGGGGUCUGGGGAGCGUGAGGGAGGGGUGGAGGUGGGGCUCAGGACGGGCCACGACGUGGAUCCAGGGGACACAGGCUCAGGGCGUCCCGGAGAGGGAGUCUCACAGGUUGCAGGAGCCCAGCAUGGAGGGAGUGGGCCCCGCCUCGGUGAUGGCUCACUUGUCAGCAGGAGCCGGGGCUCACAAGCAGGGGAGAAGCCCUAUGUGUGC